UCAUCAGCCCUAUGUGUCUCUUUCUGUUAUAACCUUUUUCUUUUUUAUGUCAACUUGCGUCGGUAUCUUUAAAAGAUACUAAAAAGUCCAAAUCUGGUAAGACGACAGUUUCACACUCGUUGCCAUAAAUCGUUGUCAGUCGGUCAUAGCAGUAUCUUCUUGAAGUUCUAUCUUCAAUGUUUCUGUCUGUAAUUGACUUAAAUCCAAUUGAGAUAGAGAGAAGAGAGACGCAAAUCGUAGAAGAUGAAUUUCAGGAUCCAAAGGGCAUCCGCUUCACUUGUUCCUCGCUUCUGCUGCGCCAUCUUCCUCUUCAUGUCGCUCUUAUUUCAGAAAUCCACAGCUCAAAAUGCUGCUCUGGACCCAUCUGAAGAUCAUGAGUGUUAUGAUUGGUGAGACAGUGGAAGCGUUGAACUCUUUAUUCAAACAAUGGAACAUGCAAUCAACGACCUUCUGGAACAUGAGUGGGGAGCCAUGUAGUGGAUCGGCCAUUAACGAGAUCCAAUUCUAUGAUGAGGUGAACAAACAGGCUAUCAUGUGUAAUUGUACUUACAAUGAUAACACCACCUGCCAUAUCACUCAUUUGAAAGUACUAUCUCUAAACAAAACAGGAGAAAUUCCAGAGGAGCUCACUACUUUGACUUAUCUCAUGGUUUUGAGACUUGAUAAAAAUUACUUCACAGGUCCUUUGCCUUCAUUUAUUGCAAAUUUAUCUCAGAUGCAAUACUUGUCAUUGGGCCAUAAUGGGUUAUCUGGGAGCAUUCCAAAGGAGCUUGGAAAUCUUAAAGAUCUAAUAAUGUUGUCCAUUGGUUCAAAUAACUUCUCUGGAUUUCUCCCUCCAGAACUUGGAAAUCUACCCAAACUUGAGCUAAUUUACAUAGACAGCUCUGGAGUGAGUGGUGAGAUUCCCUCAACAUUUGCUAACUUGCAACGCGUGCGAGAUUUUUUUGCAUCAGACACCCCAAUCACAGGAAAGAUACCAGACUUCAUCGGGAACUGGACAAAGCUCCAGAAUCUGAGAUUUCAAGGGAACUCUCUUGAAGGUCCAAUACCAUCAACUUUUUCUAAAUUGACUUCAUUGGUGUCUCUGAGAAUAAGUGAUCUAUCAAAUGUGAGCUCUUCUCUUGAUUUCAUCAGGGAAAUGAAGAAUUUAACCGACUUGGUUCUAAGGAAUGCAUUGAUCUCUGGGAGUAUUCCAUCUUCUAUUGGAGAAUACCCAAGUUUAGAAAGAUUGGAUUUGAGUUUCAACAACUUAACAGGUCAAAUCCCAAGUCCAUUGUUCAACAUGACUAAUCUUACUUCCUUGUUUCUUGGAAAUAAUAGACUGUCAGGAACUCUGCCUGACCAAAAGAGUGAAAAACUUCAAAUUAUAGAUUUGACAUACAAUGAGAUAUCAGGAAGUUUUCCUUCAUGGAUUAAGUCAGGUUUGCAAUUGAAUUUAGUGGCUAAUAACUUCACAUUUGAUAGCUCAAACAACAGUAUUUUUGAAGGAUUGAACUGUCUUCAGAGAAACUUUCCAUGCAAUAGAGAUACUCCCCUCUAUACCAGCUUUGCAAUCAAGUGUGGUGGGUCAGAGGUGACAACAUCUGAUGGUACAGUAUAUGAGGCAGAUAACUCAAUUAGUGGCACUGCACCAACAUCGUUUUAUGUAAGCAGAACAGAGAAAUGGGGAGUUAGCAAUGUAGGUUUGUUUGUUGACAAAAUAGCAAACACAUCACUAGUUACUGGCACUAACACCCCAGAGCUUUUCAAGACUUCAAGAAUAUCACCAGGUUCACUUAGAUACUAUGGCAUGGGUCUGGAGAAUGGACCCUACAUAGUCAGUUUGCAAUUUGCAGAAAUGAUACUCAAGGAUCCAAGCACAAAAACUUGGGAGAGUACAGGAAGGCGUGUUUUUGAUAUUUAUAUUCAGGGAAUUCUUCAAUUGGGAGACUUUGACAUAUCAAAAGAGGCAGGUGGUGUCCAGAAAGCAAUUGAAAAAAAAUUCAAUGCUACUGUGUCAGAAAACUAUCUUGAAAUUCAUCUGUUCUGGGCUGGUAAGGGAACUUGCUGCAUACCUUAUGAUGGUUAUUAUGGACCAUCCAUUUCAGCCCUCAGUGUUGUUUCAGCUUCAGAAAGAACAAUUCCACCAGAAAAGGGCAAGACUGGGUUGAUUGCUGGUAUUGCAAUAGCUGCUGGAAUUCUUAGCCUUAUAGUUAUCAGUGCAGUUUUUUACAUUAAAAGGAAAGGAUCAGACAUGAACGAAGAUAUAGAGCUUCCUGAAAUAGGUCCCAGACCAAGCACUUUCAGUUAUGCUGAGUUGCGAACUGCAACAGAAAAUUUCAAUGCUAUAAAUAAGCUAGGGGAGGGUGGAUUUGGAGCUGUUUACAAGGGAACUCUUUCUGAUGGGAGGGUGGUUGCCGUGAAGCAACUUUCUCUAGCAUCUCAGCAUGGGAAGAGUCAGUUUAUAGCAGAAAUUGCUACCAUUUCUGCAGUGCAACAUCGCAACCUCGUGAAAUUGUACGGUUUCUGCAUCAAAGGAAAUAAACGGCUCCUGGUUUAUGAAUAUCUUGAAAACAAGAGCCUUGAUCAUUCUCUCUUUGGGAAAAAUGAUUUGCAUCUUGAUUGGCCAACCCGCUUCAGUAUAGGCUUGGCAACAGCAAGAGGAUUAGCUUAUCUUCAUGAAGAAUCAAGGCCAAGAAUCAUACACCGAGAUGUCAAGGCUAGUAAUAUUUUGCUUGAUGCAGAACUCUGCCCCAAGAUAUCAGAUUUUGGAUUGGCAAAACUGUAUGAUGACAAGAAAACCCACAUCAGCACUCGUGUUGCGGGCACCAUUGGCUAUCUAGCACCAGAGUAUGCAAUGCGUGGUCACCUGACAGAGAAGGCCGAUGUCUUUGGGUUCGGUGUAGUUGCUCUAGAAAUUGUGAGCGGGCGGCCAAACUAUGACAAUAGCUUGGAAGCUGAAAAGAUGUAUCUUCUUGAAUGGGCGUGGACCUUACAUGAAAAUAACCGAAGUUUGGAUCUAGUUGAUCCAAAAUUAACAACAUUUGAUGAAAAUGAAGCUGCUCGAGUCAUAGGAGUGGCCCUUUUAUGCAUCCAGGCAUCACCGGCAUUACGGCCAACCAUGUCACGAGUUGUGGCAAUGCUUGCUGGAGACAUUGAAGUGAGCACAGUUGCAUCAAAACCAGGUUAUUUAACAGACUGGGAUUUCAAAGAUAUAACUACCAGUUUUUUGAGUGAUGAUACUCAAACAUCUGUUGCAUCUACGAGUACAAGUUAUCCAGCACCCACCCCUGUAAAUCUCAGUGAACCCAUGCUCAGCGCAGUCACUGGAGAAGGAAGGUGAUAAAUUUAUGUCAAUGCACUGUGACUGGUGAUGUCCACAUUGGAACUCCAUUUUCUUCCUUGUGCAUUUGUAUCUCCUUCCUCCUUCCUAACCAUGCAUUUUCUCUUGGCUAUUUUAAGUUCUGGCAACAGUGCUGUGUGUAUAUAUGGUCCACGGAUGUAUUUGCAUUUUUGGGCUUCAGAUAAACAUCAUACUGGAUUGAAAGACAGCUUCAGAUGAAGCUGUCAAGUAUUGCACUCAUUCCUUCUAUGCUUGCCUAGGAUUUUGACUGAUGCAAAUCAAGACCUCCUGCAACAUGCUUGUGGAAAAGAAUAGAUAUGUAGCAUUAAUGACUGGCUCAGGUAAUUCCAAGGAGAAUAGUUCAGGCAAUGACUGGUUCAGAGUCAGGGUUCUGCAGAAUGUGUGAGUGGCAUGUAUUUCCACGGUGCUCGUUUUUCCAAUUAUGAAGCAUGGCUAAGCGAUCCUACUCACAUUGGACCUAGUGCCCAGGUGGUUUGGCCAAUAGUGGGCCAAGAAAUAUUGAAUGGUGAUAUGGGCGGGGGUUUCCAAGGAAUACAAAUAAUCUUUGGUUUUUUUCAGAUGUGGCGAGCAUCUAGAAUAACUAAUGAAUUACAAUUUUAUUGUACCGCAAUUGGUGCAUUGGUCUUUGCAGCCUUAAUGCUUUUUGCAUCAAGCUUACUGAAUGUCCUAUUGAUGGUAGGAAAAAGGGUCUGAACCUUAUUUUUGAUGUCUGGAAUAUGAUCAAUGGGGCUUCCUGUUCACCUUUGGAGAAGAUUGGUUUACAAAGGUGAGAAAUUUGAGCUUUCAUGUGAGCUUAACUUGAAUUUGGGUAAUGAUGGAGUGGUAUCUGAGCUCUAGUGUCUAAACCGUAUAAUUUGGCAUUUGGAGUCAUCUGAUCCUGGUCUCUCCUCUUUUAGAAGAUAGACUCUCAGCAACUUAGGAUUUAGAAUGGAUGGUGUGGGUAUGGUUAUUAAAAUUUAAAGGAUAUCUCAGAAUUUGUGGACAGAUUCUGCUACCAAGGUUGUUAAAGUGCGUGUGUUUUUUCUGAGGAUAGUUUGUAACAAAUGGAUCUACUGUUAGUAUUUGUAUAUGUAUGCUUGGUGAUGAAUGAUUGUUUUGUGCCA